AUGUCUAGCACGACGCAGCCUCACCAACAUUCGCAUCCUCACCAUCACGCUCACACUCAAGAUCGAUACAAUUCACAAUACAGCUCGCAAUACCUACAGGUGCCCAAGUUCGCACAAACACGCACCUCGCGAUCACGCUCGAGAUCGCGAUCUCGCCAACGCGACUCGGUCCCGUGCGAAGUCUUCUCUUCACCAACUCAGGUCAUUGUGUCGCCGCAAAAGUUGAGCUUCCGUCCCCGCUCGCCUGAGCCUCCAAAGAAACUCACUUUCAAACCUGAGUCGGAUGACAAACCUCUGGCCACGCCUAUUGCGCUUGAUGUCGAGGAAGUCAUCAACAGUCCGCCCAAACAAACGCUGCUCGAACCACCACCGCCGCCACAUAUUGAUGCAGUAAUCCUAGACGUGAACAACUCGAGGACAGAUACUACCAUGAGCAUGACGAUUCCAAACACUCGAAUGCCCGCCCUGGCGACAGCGCCUACUUCUAUCAUCACUUCUAUCGAAGACCCACUAGGCGGUGCCGACUGUGACGACACUGAAGAGAAGAAUCAGGCAUACACUACCACAAUCAGCAGCCCCACCGAGCUGCUCUCUACCCCGAGUUUGCUACCACCACCAGUCACAACCGUCAAUCUUCGCCAGCGGCUGAUCGGUGCCUGGAAACUGGAGUCGUACAUUGCUUACCCCACGCCAAGCUCCCGUGUUCAACGACCCACGUAUCCCAUGACUCGGAAUGUCACAGGAUUCAUCAUGUAUACCCCAGACGGCUACAUGUCUGCUCAGAUGCUGAUACCCGGACAACAAAGUUUCAAGCGUGGUGAGGGAGAAGAACCUCAGUGGGCGGAGGCAGGUAAACGCUGCUUUGCGUACUGUGGACCAUACUACAUCACAGAUGAAGGCCCUGAUCGCCCAGAGAUUCUCAGGCAUACCUUCCAGUGUUGCAAUCUUCCCGGCUGGAUCGGCGACAUUCAAGUUCGUACACAUCGGUUCGAGGAAGAUGGGCAGGUGCUUGUGUUAGGCAGUGAGGAACCAACAGAAGUCAAGGGCGACAAACGCAUUCCUGUCCUCAAAUGGCGUCGCGUACGUAACAACGCCGACGGAAAUCCUCCACCUCCGACUCCUCAGAUCAAGAUUAGCGGUCCUGGUGAGCCAUGA